AUGUCAAUAAUACAAGUAAAAAAACAACUAGCUGAGGCCAUUGAUAUUUAUGAUCGCUUGAAUUCUGAAUUAAAUAAUACUAAAACUAAUCUUCAAAAUUAUUCAGAAGAACAAUGGCAUACUCAUCUGAGCUCUUUAGGGUUAGAAGCCGCAAAACUAAUUCAAUCAAGUCAUAAUAUGAAUAAUGAUAAUUUAAUAAAUUUAAUAAAGAGAAAACAAAAAAAGUUGAUUAGACAUGCCACAUGGAAAAAAAGAAAUAAAAAACGAACUCGACAAGAAAUGAAACAGCGUUUAAAGAGGAACGAAAAGUGGAUUAAAGAAAUUGAAUGGAAAGUAACCAUGUCACCUUCAUCAGUUGCUUUAGAACUGUCUCAGAAGGAUGAUAAAUCCAUGGAAAUUAAAGAGAAAGAUAAACUUGCGGCAAAGAUUAAAGAAUUAUCGAAAAAAUUGUCUAAAUUAACCCAAUUAAGAAACUUACGAAGAAAAAGAUUAGAAUCAAAAGGCCAUUUUUUUGCUGAUGAAGGCAAUCAAUUUUUUAAUCAAAUAAAAGAAUGGAAUGAACAACAAAAACAUGAAGCAGCUCCAGAGAAAAAACAACUUAUUAUACAUCAAGAUGAUGUAUGGAGAGACGCUCCCAUUGAUAAAGAAGCUUAUAGCUAUUGGUGCGAAGCAGAUCAAUCAUUAGAAGCACUUUUAAAAAUACGUAGAUUAUGGGAUCAAUAUAUUUUAUUUAAUUCAUCUAAUGACUUGGAAGAUGAAAGACUAUAUAAAGUUCCUCCUACAUUCCUUACGCCUUCGCCGCCUGCUAAUUUGAUAUGGGCAUCUUAUUUAUCAUCACAAUAA